CGGUUCGGUGACGGUGUGCGUGUUUGGAGAGAUGGAAGCGGAGAAGGCGGAUGCAGACCUAUCUCUAUCCCCUUGAACAGGGGACUCUAAAGGAGAUGUAAAUCUUUUUUUUUAAUACGCAUAUUUUCCAGUAAAUGUACUAUGAUCUCGCGGGCACCACCCCUCCAAACGCAGCCGUCUAUCCCUGAGCUGUCAAUCAUAUCACGCCGGGAUUUCUACAUGUGAGUGCAUGGCGCGCCGGGCAGGGCGGAUCUGCUCACGGGGUGAAGAAACGCCGGUUAAUAUGGAUGAAAGGUCAAUCACCAUCGCAUCGUUUCAAUCACUCUGAGAAGCGACAGUGUCGUAUAGCCAGACUACAGAGCGCGGAAGAUGAUGUGCGAGGUGAUGCCGACCAUCAGCGAGGGAGAUUCUGCCGGACCUCCCAGAGGAGGAGGCACCGCUGGAGUCCCGAACGGCUCGGACCAGGAGGCCAACUUCGAGCAGCUGAUGGUCAACAUGCUGGACGAGAGGGACAAGCUCCUGGAGUCCCUCAGGGAGACUCAGGAGACCCUCAUUCAGUCUCAAACCAAGCUGCAGGGGGCGCUUCACGAGAGGGACGUGCUCCAGCGGCAGAUCAACGCCGCGCUGCCUCAGGAGUUUGCCACCCUGACAAAGGAGCUGAACAUAUGCCGGGAGCAGCUGCUGGAGAAAGAGGAGGAAAUAUCUGAGCUGAAAGCUGAAAGGAACAACACCAGGCUGCUUUUGGAGCACCUGGAGUGUCUGGUGUCUCGUCACGAACGCAGCUUGAGGAUGACAGUGGUGAAGAGACAGGCACCUCCACCAUCUGGAGUCUCCAGCGAGGUAGAGGUCCUCAAAGCCCUGAAGUCGCUGUUUGAACACCACAAGGCUCUGGAUGAAAAGGUACGUGAGAGGCUUCGUGUUUCUUUGGAGAGGGUGGCCACCCUGGAGGGACAGCUAGCUACUACCACACAAGAGUUGACCGUAGUGAGACAAAGGAAGGACGGUGACUCACUGGAGCGAACAGAUGGAUCCAAACCUGCAUGGAAGAGGCUACCUAAUGGCUCUAUAGAUGCCCAUGAUGAUGGCAGUCGGGUGUCCGAGCUUCAGGACCUGCUGGAUCGGACCAAUAAGGAGCUGGCACAGAGCCGAGAGCACUCUUCCACCCUCAACAACCGUAUGGCCGAACUUGAAGCCGAGCUGGCGAACGCACGCCGAGAACUGAGCCGCAGCGAGGAGCUGUCAAUCAAACAACAGAGGGAACAGAGAGAGAGAGAGGACAUGGAGGAGAGGAUAACAACAUUAGAGAAACGCUACCUGGCUGCUCAGCGGGAGACCACGCACAUCCAUGACCUCAACGACAAACUGGAGAACGAGCUGGCUACCAAGGACUCGCUGCACAGACAGAGCGAGGAGAAGGUGCGCCAGCUGCAGGAGAUGCUGGAGAUGGCAGAGCAGAGGCUGGCUCAGACCAUGAGGAAGGCUGAGACACUGCCAGAGGUAGAAGCUGAACUGGCACAGAGAGUGGCAGCACUUUCCAAGGCUGAGGAGCGCCAUGGCAAUGUGGAGGAGAGGCUAAGACAGCUGGAGUCACAACUGGAGGAGAAGAACCAAGAGCUGGGAAGGGCUCGUCAGAGAGAGAAAAUGAAUGAGGAGCACAACAAGCGUUUGUCUGACACGGUGGAUCGUCUGCUCACUGAGUCCAACGAGAGACUGCAGCUCCAUCUGAAGGAGCGCAUGGCUGCCCUGGAGGACAAGAACUCGCUCAUUCAGGACCUCGAGAACUGCCAGAAACAGCUUGAGGAAUUCCACCACACCAGGGAACGGCUGAUUGGAGAGAUUGAGAAGUUGAGAAACGAGAUCGACCAUUUGAAACGUCGCAGUGGGGCUUUUGGAGAUGGAACCCAUCCUCGGUCUCACCUGGGAAGUGCCAGUGACCUUCGCUACUCUGUGGUUGAGGGCCAGGACGGCCACUACAGCACAACUGUGAUCAGGAGGGCACAGAAGGGCAGAAUGUCAGCGCUACGAGAUGACCCAAACAAGGUUUGUGCGGUGUUCGAACAGGACUACCCGUCUCUGCGAGGGAGUGUCAGUCACCUCCUGGGCAGCGACAUCGAGGCAGAGUCUGACAUGGAUGACGACGUUAGCUCCGCCCUGCUUUCUCCCAGCGGCCAAUCAGAUGCUCAGACUCUCGCUCUCAUGCUGCAGGAGCAGCUUGACGCUAUCAACGAAGAGAUAAGGAUGAUUCAGGUGGAGAGAGAGUCUACGGACCUCCGCUCGGACGAGAUCGAGUCGCGCGUGAACAGCGGCAGCAUGGACGGACUUAAUGUGACCCUUCGACCCCGAGCCCUGCCCACCUCGGCCACCGCCCAAUCCCUGGCUUCUUCCUCCUCCCCGCCUACCAGUGGCCACUCCACACCCAAGCACCACUCACGCAACACCAGCCACCAUCUAGGCAUCAUGACUCUGCCAAGCGACUUGAGGAAACACCGCAGGAAAGUCGCAUCUCCAGUUGAAGUGGACAAAGCUACCAUCAAGUGUGAGACCUCGCCUCCCUCGUCCCCACGCAGUUUACGACUGGAAACCAAUUUUGCUCAGUUCACAGGCAGUCUAGAGGAUGGCCGAGGGAAGCAGAAGAAAGGCAUCAAGUCGUCUAUCGGCCGAUUAUUUGGGAAGAAGGAGAAGGGCAGAAUGGAGCAGACUGUGUGCAGAGAAGGACAGACUUUACCUGCCUUAACAGACUUUGAUAUGGGCAUUGGUGACACAAUGACCCUGGGAAAGCUGGGAACUCAGGCAGAGAGGGACCGCAGAAUGAAGAAAAAACAUGAACUUCUGGAAGACGCCAGGAAAAGAGGCCAACCAUUUGCCCACUGGGAUGGCCCAACUGUUGUCUCCUGGCUGGAGCUGUGGGUGGGAAUGCCGGCGUGGUAUGUGGCAGCCUGUCGUGCCAAUGUGAAGAGCGGAGCCAUCAUGUCAGCUCUGUCAGACACUGAGAUCCAGCGGGAGAUCGGCAUCAGCAACCCUCUGCACCGACUCAAACUGCGCCUGGCCAUACAAGAGAUGGUCUCCCUCACCAGCCCGUCUGCACCGCUUACCUCUAGAACGUCUUCCGGAAAUGUGUGGGUGACUCAUGAAGAGAUGGAGAACCUGGCUUCCUCCACUAAAGCGGACAAUGAGGAGGGCAGCUGGGCACAGACCUUGGCUUAUGGGGACAUGAAUCACGAAUGGAUAGGAAACGAGUGGCUGCCCAGCCUCGGCCUGCCUCAGUACCGCUCCUACUUCAUGGAGUGUCUGGUGGACGCACGCAUGCUGGAUCACCUGACCAAGAAGGACCUGAGAAGCCAUCUCAAGAUGGUGGACAGCUUCCAUAGGGCUAGUCUGCAGUACGGGAUUAUGUGCUUGAAGAGACUCAAUUAUGACAGAAAAGACCUGGAGCGCCGGAGAGAGGACAGCCAGCACGACAUGAAAGACGUGUUGGUGUGGACCAAUGAGCAGGUAAUCCACUGGGUCCUGUCCAUUGGUCUGAGGGAAUAUAGCAGCAACCUGUUGGAAAGCGGCGUCCAUGGAGCGCUCAUCGCUCUGGAUGAGACCUUCGACUACAGCAGUCUAGCUCUCAUCCUACAGAUCCCUAUGCAGAACACACAGGCACGGCAGGUCCUGGAGAGGGAAUUCAACAACGUGUUAGCCUUGGGGACUGACCGUCGUCUAGAAGAGAGCGGGGAUGACAAGUCUUUUCGACGCUCUCCAUCGUGGCGGAAGAGGUUUAGAGCGCGUGAGGGAGGGGCAGGGCUGGGCAUGAUGGCGGGUUCCAUGGAAACACUGCCUGCUGGCUUCCGCAUGCCCUCCAUGUCCAUGCCGCCCUCUGUGAAUCUGAUGCCCAAGAAACAGCUCCAGCCUGAAGCUCCUCCCCCGGCGCCCACGAGACUAGACCCCUCGGCCGUCCGGACCUAUUCGUGCUAACUUCUCUCUGCAUACUAACAGGAGCGCUAAUGCUAACAGUGCAUUCUCAUUACCUAUAUGGACAUAUGCUUGCGGCCUUUUGAGAGUGAUAUGCCAAAUCUGGAGAGGAAGUCCUGGGUGCCACUGGGUGGGGGUGAUGUUCACCCCUUUUGCUGCCCAGCCUUACCUCUCACCGUUCACCUCUCACCUCUCUUUCGGACAUGUGCAAUACAGAGGCCGACUCUGACCUUUGAACUCUUUUGAGAGUGUUCAUCGGCUGCGCUAGCUGCUCUAAAGGAGACUCGUCCCUGUCUCUCCCAGUUUACCCCCAGUGCUCCUAGUAGCCUUGUUGUUGUGGUGUUGUGCUCCUGCUCCCCUGGUCUCAGCUGUGGGUCCUUGACCUGGUUCUGAUCUCUCAACAUGGCCAAGUCCAAACCAAUAAUUGGAUGUUAUCCCCUCUGAAACAACACAAGAGUUGGUUAAUGUAAAACAGACUAAAAAGGGUGUUAACAGGUUGUUGAUUUGGACUUGGGAAUGAUGAAUACUUGUAUAAAUGGCAGACCCCACUGCACAUGCCCCUCUACCGGUUAUGCAAGGUAUUACUCAUUAAUCGUCUCUGUACAUAAAAUGGAUGACUUAUGUUUUUUAUAGAAAUAUUAUAUAUAUAUAUUGGAAAUAUAUAUGGAAAUAAUAUAAUAUCAUUGCUGUAUGAAACCCAAUGCCCUGUAUUCGAUAGUGACUGUUCUCUCUCUCUCUCUUUCUCUUUCUUUCUCUUUCUCUCCGUGUCGGACCUUUGUGUGUCUUUUGCUGUAUGCCGUGUGUGACUUGUUAGUGGGAGGAGGUGCGUUUCUACAAGGACUCUUCACAGGUUCAUGGGUCCAAUUUCAGACUUCUCUCUUUGCCUCUUCUCCUCUUUCUUUCCUUUAUCCCUCAUCUCCUCAUUCUCUUUUGACACUAUGUAGCUGUUACCUCUCCUUUCUGCGCCUCUCUCGCCUUCAGUAUGACACUAUGUAGCCUAGAAUAGAGAGAAUCCUUUAAUAUGAAGAGUGAGUUUGUGUGUGUGUGCGUGUAUGUCGAGUGUGAAAGGCCGACCCCGACCAUGUGACCAUGACUUUUCCCUGUGGAUGGGUAGUGUGAACACUGUAGCUCCUCUCUGUUGAUUCCUUUCUUUCUCUGAAAUCAAACUGUAAACUGCUGCUCAACAUCAGCCAAUGAUAAACACUCAAAACUGCUCAGAGUGAUGGACUCGACUAGACCUGCUCCACCACCUUCCUUUUAGUUGCCAUUGAGACGAGCCAGUUAGCAGUCGGUCCUCUUGGCAGACCAACUCCUCAUCCAAUGAGAACACAGUAAAGAGCCAGUGACGUGCUGGAUGGGUGGUGUACUAUCCAACUUUUUUGUUUGGUUAUUUUAUUUGACAAUUUUUCCAAGGUGUCUAAAAGGUGUAAUGUGCUAUGUGGCAGCUAUGAGUACUGUGUCUUUAUUCCAGGUGUGAAACAAUGCUGACAAAUCAAGAUUUUAUUAUUUGGCUAUUUAAAAAGUGAACUGUAUUUAUGACACUAUAUAGACAUAAGUAAAGUUUUUUUUAAAGAUU